UUCCAAGAGUCAAUUCUAUCUGGUAGGCCUAGUCUUGAGUAUUGCUGGGCUAGCCAUGUCAAAAGGUAACAGUUCUUAUCCUUCAGUUAGUUAACAAGUCCUAUAAAAAGAAAAGGAGUUAUCUUUGCCUCGACUUUAGUUGGGUAUAAUAUUGAAACUCAUGCUCCCAGUUGGCUCCCUGUUAUCCUUUUGUCUUGUCGCAAAUGCAACAGCAAUAGCAACAAUCGUAUUUUGGACAAGUUUGGAAUGGUACUCAGAUCAGUACCUGAAAAGGCUCAAGUCUGAUAUUGCCAGGCUGUUUGAACUGGUCUAGAAUCAAUGAUGUGCCCGAGCCAAACCAUACGGGGUUCCGUUCGGCCGGCCUAGUUCGCCUGAUUCUGUUGUGGUGUGUGAAAAACUGAAACUACUACACGAAAAAAGGCACUAGUUUUGGCUUUUGCAAUAUAGGGACUCCCUUGCGUGAGAAGACACUAUCAGAGCUUGAUUUGGUAAAAACCCGAGUUGAGUCGAAAUAUAGAAACUCGUAAGCUCGAGAAUGUUCACUUUGGAUUUAAAUUUUCAUUUCCAAUAUGGAAAUUAAAGAGAAAGAUUAAGUACAGUAGUUACCUUACAUAACAGUAACACGUCUUUGAAUUGAAGCUGUGGACGUCUUUGAAUUGAAACUGUGAUUCAAAGCCAGCUGGAGCUUUAAUUUGCAGAAUAAGAGGAGAAAAGUCAAAAACGGUGCUGUCUAGUCCUGUCCCCCUAUGCAAUGUAUGCGUAUUAUGAAGCCAGUUUUGCGUGGCAAUUUCAAAAUAUCAGAAAAAUACAACCACCAUGUGAAUUUUGAAAGGUUCUUCUUUUCAGUCAUUUCGUGCUCUCCUCUUCAACUUCCAAGAUUCCAUAGCCAUCCAUUUCACGUGCUCAUAAAAAAACAUCAGACUGUUCUCCUCGUUUGCUGUUUUAGUAAUCAUCAUUGAAUGAUGCGAAACAAUCCAAACCUAUGCAAAACACCCGUUUGAUGAUGAUAAUAAUAAUAAUAAUAAUAAUAGCAGGUAUAGAAAAGCUUAUAUUCUCCUGUUCUAAUCCCUGCUUAUUAUUAUAGUUUCAAUCAUCAUGCUCUCUAUUAAACCUUCCUUCCGAUCACUCUCUCUUCUCUCUCCUCCUCCGCCGCCGCAGCCGCCGCCAUCUCUGUUUCCCACAUCCAAGCCCACUACCAUUUCUAUCCGUACACAUCUAUUCAUCAAAUCUCAAUCCGCCACCGCCACCAAAAAACAAUUAAUACCCAAAACGAAUCCAGAUAACACCACCCAAAGGCCGCCACUCUCCAAUUCUCACGUCCUCAAAGUAGCCAUUAUCGGGUUUGGUAACUUUGGCCAAUUUCUAGCCAAAACCCUUGUCGCUCAAGGCCACACUGUUCUUGCUCACUCUAGAACUGAUCACUCUCUUGAAGCUCAUUCUCUUGGCGUGUCCUUCUUUCUUGACCCUCAUGACCUCUGUGAACAGCACCCAGAUGUUAUUUUGUUAUGCACUUCUAUUAUUUCUACCGAGAAAGUACUAAAGUCUUUGCCUUUACAGAGAUUUAAGAGAAAUACAUUGUUUGUUGAUGUCUUGUCUGUUAAAGAAUUUGCUAAAAAUUUAUUGCUUGAUCUUUUGCCUAGUGAUUUUGAUAUCAUUUGUAGCCAUCCUAUGUUUGGUCCUCAAAGUGCUAAACUUGGGUGGGAUGGUUUACAUUUUGUGUACGAGAAGGUCAGAAUUGGAAAUGAGGAAUCUAGAGUUACUAGGUGUAAAAGUUUUCUUGAUGUUUUUGCUAGAGAAGGGUGUAAAAUGGUGGAAUUGAGUUGUCAUGAGCAUGAUAAGUAUGCUGCAGGGUCACAGUUUAUUACACAUACUGUGGGGAGAGUGUUGGAGAUGUUGAGCUUGGAGUCUACUCCGAUUAAUACUAAAGGGUAUGAGAGUUUGUUGGGUUUAGUGGAGAAUACGGCUGAGGAUAGUUUUGAUUUGUAUUAUGGGUUAUUUAUGUAUAAUAAGAAUGCACUUGAGAUGUUGGAGAGAUUGGAUUUGGCUUUUGAGGCUUUGAGGAAACAGCUUUUUGGAAGGUUACAUGAUGUUGUAAGGAAGCAGUUGUUUGGGAAUGAAGAGAGGGGGCAAUUUUCCCAAGUGGAUCAUGCGAAUAUGCAUACUUAUGGUGCUGCAUUUCUUUCUGCUCCAGAGGCUGAAAGAUUUCAAGGUGCUGCUCAACCAUAUGAGUAUAAGGCGAAGACCUCCAAUUGCAUUAAUGAUAAUUCGAAGCUUAAGAUUGCUAUAGUUGGUUUUGGCAAUUUUGGCCAAUUCCUUGCGAAAACUUUAGUUCGGCAGGGCCACACAGUGUUAGCUUAUUCUCGAUCAGACUAUUCUGAUGAGGCUCAGAAAUUGGGAGUUUCUUACUUCUCUGAUGCAAAUGAUCUUUGCGAAGAGCAUCCAGAAGUAAUUCUUCUUUGUACUUCAAUUCUUUCAACAGAAAAUGUUCUCAAGUCAUUGCCAGUUCAGAGAUUGAAGAGAAGCACUCUCUUUGUUGAUGUGCUCUCAGUCAAAGAGUUUCCAAGGAAUUUAUUUCUUCAACAUUUGCCACCUGAUUUUGAUAUUCUUUGUACACAUCCUAUGUUUGGACCGGAGAGUGGAAAAAAUGGGUGGAAUCAUCUUCCCUUUCUUUUUGAUAAGGUCAGGGUAGGAAGUGAUGAGAGAAGAGUAUCAAGGUGUGAUCGGUUUCUUGAUAUUUUUGCUCGUGAAGGAUGCAGAAUGGUGGAGAUGUCCUGUUCAGAACAUGAUUGGCAUGCAGCUGGAUCACAGUUCAUUACACACACCAUGGGAAGGAUUCUAGAAAAGUUGGGUUUAGAGUCAACGCCAAUUAACACUAAAGGCUAUGAAACUUUGUUGAAUUUAGUGGAAAAUACAGCAGGAGAUAGCUUUGAUCUGUACUACGGACUGUUUAUGUACAAUGUAAAUGCAAUGGAGCAGCUAGAGAGGUUGGAUUUGGCUUUUGAAUCUCUGAAGAAGCAGCUGUUUGGGCGGUUGCAUGGUGUUCUUCGGAAGCAGCUAUUUGAGAAUGAAGAGAAGUCUCAAGUCUUGAGGGAGGAAUCUCUGGUAUCAAAAGUUUCUCAAGACGAUGCUGCACUAGCAUAUGUUUUGGACUCUGUUCAAAACAAUUAAGCUCUAUCUUAUGUAUCGGUCAAUUAGUCGCCUGAAGGGUGCACCUACUAUUUUCUUAUGUUCCAUGGGCACUUGUCGCUUCCAGCAAAAUAGAAUCAUCAGCGAGGAAAUGACAAUUAUUCGAAGUGCUCAGAACAUAGCGAAUGCUGUAGUAACCAAGAAACAUUCUCCAUGAAAACAUAGUACUCUUGCUCAAAAAUUUAAAAAAAUAAAAAAGAAAAGAAAAACGUAGUACCCAGUACUGAUAAUGGGAUAUGUGUCUGGACAUGGUUCAGUAUGUGCUUGGAAGACACGGAAUGAAGUGAUCAAUGCUGAAUGCUCUGAAGGACGUAAGUUCAAGCAAGUACUUAGGUUGGAUUGAAGUGGUGUAUUCUAGCCAUUGAUUCUUUUCAUUCGCCAAUUCUUUUAUUCUUCCUCUUCCAGUUUUACGAGUUUCUGGGUCCUUGCUAGUCAUUAUUUUUGUAGGUGAGGCUUGCUGUAUCAUUUUUAUUUAUUUUUUCAACAUGUUAUAUCACUUUAUUUCGGUAGCUAGUUUGGAACUCUAUUUUUGUGA